AUUCCCAUAUCUCAGAUAAAAAGAGAUCUUUUCUGGUUCAUGAAUCUUGACUGACGGUGACGGCACAUGGGCGGCUCUUCUGUGCCGUCUAUUGCAGUUCUUGUAUAUAUAUAGAGAACAUAUGGUUGAUGAGAUAGUUCAAGAUCUCUUGUGUUUUUAAUCAGUUGUAAGUGUUUCUUGGAAGUUAAGUUAUGGAGUUUAGACAAGAUAGAUCGUCUUCUUCGUCUUCCGGUUCGGGUUCUUCGUUUACAGCUGAUCUUUUCGGCGCUAAGGAUUCGCCUUCUUAUUCUACAACUGGGAGUUUUGCUUCUAUUUUCCCACCUCCUUCCAAGGUUUUAAGGAAAAAAUCCUCUGGCUCUGAGGUGGUGACAGGAUCAUGGCAAAAACAAGGGUGGAAUGCCAAACAAGGAGCUGCACCCAUAAGUAGAGAGACUGCAAGCUAUAAAAUGGCUAAAAAUCCCAAUUUUCUGGAAGAAAAAGUGGAACCAUGUCAUCUAAGUUCAUCAAUUUACUAUGGCGGCCAAGAAAAUUAUUCUCAAAUCCAUAGUACCCCGAAUUCCGGAUCGCAUCCCAUUUUCAAGAAAGAUGGAGUUGAUGAUGAUCCUAAUGGAAACAACUCAAAUGGUGCUUCGAGAGGAAAUUGGUGGCAAGGUUCACUUUAUUAUUAGAAUUUGUGGCCUUCUUCUGGCAUAAGAAAUGAAUUCUCCUUCAUUUUUUAAGGAAUUCAUGAAGCCUGGAUGAUCAUAAAACAUGAUAAAUCAGCGGUUUGUAAUGUUUUGUUUUAAUUAAAUCUUUCACUUAGACUUUGAUUUUGAUAUAACUUUAGCUUCAAUGCAAGACAUUUUUCAAGCAAUUGUAAGAAUUGUCAACAAUGAACAGUUUGAGUUUUUGUUGUA